CAAAAUGGCAGCCACCAUGGUCAGGAACUUUAUUUCAAAAUCUGAAUAAUUUUAGUCAUUGUGAGUGUAAUCUCUGUGAUUGAAACAAUUAUUGCACAAGGAAUAUAAACACUGACAUUAAGGAGUGCUCUAGAGAUCAAAUUGAUAUGGCAAAAAGUGAAAACUCUUUGGAGAAACUGAUUCAAUUGAAUUCGGGUUCCAACAAAUUGAAUUCAAAGGUUGAUCUUGAUCUAAUGAAUUCGCCAGACAAUCUGCAGAUAAUAUUAUCCAAAAUAAAGGAACUUAUUGAUCAAAAUAAUUGUAAUCAGAAAUCUGUGGACAUUUUGAAUGAGUUUCUACACACAUCUGAUGCAUACUUUAUUUUCCCAAAGUCAAAAUCUGCAGUUGACAUCAUUGAAAAAUAUUGUUCGAUCUUCAAACUACUUUUGAAGAAAAGCAUACACACAUUGUCACACAAUGAAGAGGAUGUCCCAUUGGAAAGAUCGGACUUCAUUGAUAUCAGCGCAUUCUCUGAAAAAUUGUUAAAUCUGUUGACUGAUUAUUUUAAAAUGUUAUUGACUAUGGAAAAGGAAGUUAAACAACUCUAUAAAGAGCCACUCGUGAAAUCUCUUGCACCAUCAGCCUUUAUUUUAGCUUCUAGUUGCUGCACUCCAAGUUUAUGGUGGAAUGAAGAAAUGCAUAAAUCGGCAACAUGUCUUAUAGAUCACAUAAUUGAUCUCUGUGAUGCAAAUGACUUACUGGAAUUAUUAAGUGGAACAGAAAAUACUCUUUUCCCUGAUGGAUUAAUUGCGACUGUCUUAAAACAGCUUCAACCAGCCCUUAGUAAGGAAUGUUGGAAACGAAAUCCGAUGGCCUUGCAUUGCUAUAGAUGGUGCUUAUUCAAAAUGAGUCAUCCACAUCUUGGUGAAUUUAUUGACCAUGUACUUCCACCUGCAUUACUUCUCAUCGAUGACUAUCUCCCAAAAAACAAAAUAUCAGGAAUAAAGUGUAUACAGCACAUAGUAAACAAUGUAGCCCCUACACAGUUGUUAAGGCAUGGGAGGGCAGAUGUUCUCUUCUCAGCUCUGGAAAGCCAACUGUACACUAAUGAUCAGAAACUUCUCAAAAAUGUGCAUGCCUGUAUUUUGAGCAUUAUUGAAAUUCUUGAUAGAUCAAAGAUGGAAAAAACACUAAAUGUUACCCGUUAUGACAGCAUUCUAAAGAUAAUUUUGACAAAUAUGGAAAUUGAUGACAAAAUAAAAGUUAGACGAUUUUACUCAGGGAUCCUUAUCCAAUACAUAGAACAGAUGAAACUGUCCAUUAUCCGCUUCCUUAAACGGCUGCUUCCAAUAGUUGCGAACUAUUUAGAAAUAUACGAUGGCCCAGAAGAAACAUCCAGAAUCAACAUUCUAAAAGCACUGAACUUGACAAUCAAAUAUGCCUGGCCAAGGAUUCCACAUCACUCAGAUGACAUUCUGAAAUGCCUCCUGAAGUUUAUGGUUGAUAUAUCUACAGAUGAUUCUUUAACAAGUUUAACAGUUAAACAAAUGUUGAUGCAAGAGGCUCAGGAUGUGUUAAUUCUGUUGAACUAUUCAACUGGUGGAAACAUUGUCAAAUUAUUGGCAGGAAUCCAAGAUGUUCAUGACAAUGAAAUGUUUAAGAAUGCUAUUGUAAAUGUUUGCACAUCUACAAAUAAGGAGUAAAAUAUGAAAGUAUGAACAGAUGAACUUUUUAGUAAAGUCUUGUCUUUGCCUAGAUAUAUCCAUAAGUUUUUAAAGGCACCUAAAAAGAUCAGGUGUAGUGUGUCAAAUGGUUUUAAGAAAGUCACAUGAAUACAACAUUCUCAAUAAAUUAAAGGAAUUCUAUGCGAUAAACAUGAUGAAAAUAACAAAAUAUUGCUUCUGGGACAACAUCCAAGACUUUUACAUACUGUACUAUUAAUUUCGUGAGUUUUAAUUUCAUAAAUUCGUUGAAAACACAAUUUCGCGGCUAUUAAAUUUCGCGAAUUUCACAAGUUUAAAAUUCAUUAUUCUUGGAAUUCUUGAGCUAUGUAAACUAAAUUGGAUGUACAGUAAUUGCACUUACCUGAUGUCAUAUUUAGAUGAGAUUUUCAAUUACUAGGAUCUUUGUCAUCGGCAAGCUGCGUAUCAACCUCUAUUAUAUAAACCUGUGAAAUUGGUGAAUUUCAUAG